AUGAAGGAUGAAGGGGACCUUCCACAGGAGGACACAGCAAAAGAUGAAGGUAAUGAAACUGAAGGCAGCAGGAUGAACAAGUUGAGAAGGACAAGGAAAAGAGUCACCAAGCCACAUCUUUGUUCAGCGGCUGGGGGAGAAAUCACCAUGGCCAAUUUCAACGACAACACCAGGGACAGUGCUCAGAUUAUGACCCCGCCUCAACUUUCUUCGAGAAUGAAACAUAUUAAACAAGAAAUGGCCAAAAAUCACCUCCAGUUUGUACGCUUUGAAGCAACGGACUUGCACGGUGUCUCCAGAUCAAAGAGCAUCCCUGCACAGUUUUUUCAAGAAAAAGUGAUCCACGGUGUUUUCAUGCCCCGUGGUUAUCUGGAACUGAUGCUAAGCCCUAAGGACAACGAGGUGAAUCACAUAAGAGCCACAUGCUUCAAUAGUGACAUCGUCCUCAUGCCAGAGCUGUCGACCUUCAGAGUCUUGCCAUGGGCGGAGAGGACCGCUCGGGUGAUCUGUGACACCUUCACAGUGACGGGUGAGCCUCUGCUGACUUCCCCCAGGUACAUCGCCAAGAGGCAGUUGCGCCAGCUGCAGGAUGCCGGCUUCUCCCUGCUGUCUGCCUUCAUCUAUGAUUUCUGUAUUUUUGGUGUUCCCGAAGUGAUUAAUUCGAAGACCAUAUCCUUUCCUGCUUCAACAUUACUGAGUAACCAUGACCAGCCCUUCAUGCAAGAGCUGGUUGACGGCCUUUAUCACACUGGAGCCAACGUGGAGAGCUUCUCGUCUUCUACCAGACCUGGGCAGAUGGAGAUCUGUUUUCUCCCUGAAUUUGGCAUUAGCUCAGCCGACAACGCAUUUACCCUCAGAACGGGUGUCAAAGAAGUGGCCAGGAGAUAUAACUAUGUAACAAGCCUUGCGAUGGAGACCGGAUUCUGCAAUUCAGGAAUUUUAUCUCACAGUGUCUGGGAUGUCGGCGGAAAGACAAACAUGUUCUGCGGUGCUUCCGGGGUGGAGCGGCUUACACUCACGGGGAAGAAGUGGUUGGCAGGUCUCCUGAAGCACUCCGCUGCUCUCAGCUGCCUGAUGGCCCCUGCUCUCAGCUGCCGCAAGCGCUACUGCAAGGACAGCAGAGACCUGAAGGACAGUGUGCCCACCACGUGGGGAUACAACGACAACAGCUGUGCCUUGAACAUUAAGUGUCACGGUGACAAAGGCACUCAAAUAGAAAAUAAACUAGGUUCAGCCACCGCGAACCCUUACCUGGUGUUGGCCGCCACUGUGGCUGCAGGCCUGGAUGGACUUCAGAGCUGUGAUAAUGCUAGUUCAGAUGAGAGCCAGGAUCUCUAUCAACCAGAACCUUCUGAGAUCCCUUUGAAGAUGGAAGAUGCCCUCACGGCCCUGGAGCAAGACCAGUGUCUUAAGCAGGCUCUGGGAGAAACUUUCAUUCGCUAUUUUGUUGCCAUGAAGAAGUAUGAAUUGGAAAAUGAAGAAACGGAUGCAGAGGGAAAUAAAUUCCUGGAGUAUUUUAUAUAG